AUGAUCUCGGCCAAAGAGGACGUACAUAAGAUGUCAAAGUUUUCUGUGCUCAAUGUUGUUAAGAAGGGACAAUUGUUUGAGAACAAAACUUUGCUGAAGGCGACUUUUGAGAUAUGUGCAAUGAAGCAUAACUUUCACUACGAGGUUAUCAAAACAGAUAGACAGCUUUGGUAUGUUAGAUGUGAGGAUAAUGAAUGCAAUUGGUGUGUUCGAGCAGAGUGUUUGCAGGAUUCUGAAUAUUUCAUUAUCAAAAAGUAUGUCGGUGAACAUACAUGUGCACCUUCAAACAAAACCAAACCGGGUAGGACUGCUUCGGCCACUGCUUCGGCCAAAACUAUAGCAUGGGAUGCUCGUGAAUAUGCGGUUAAUGCUGUUAGAGGUAUACCAGAGAGAAGUUAUGGAAAAAUACCGAAAUACUUGCACAUGCUCAGAGAGGCUAAUCCGGGAACACAUUCAUCGUAUGAGAUUGACAGCAAAGGGAGAUUUCGGUACCUGUUUAUUGCAUUUGGGCAAUCGCUACGAGGAUUUAACAGAGUCAUAAGGAGGGUUAUUGUGGUUGAUGGCACUUUUCUGAAGAACAAAUACAAAGGAGUUCUAUUGGUUGCAACUGCUGUAGACGGAAAUUCUAAUUUGUAUCCUCUUCCAAUCGGAGUAGUCGACUCAGAGAAUGAAAAUUCUUGUGAAUGGUUUAUGAGACAACUAAAUAUUGUCAUUGCUGAUGAUCAUCAUUUGGCUUUCAUUUUGGACAGACAUGGGACCAUUGCUAAGGCGCUUGAGACUGUGUAUCCAACAGCUAAACAUGGUAUUUGCAUUCAUCAUUUGUUGAAUAAUGUGGUAACAUAUUACCAUGGGAAAGGACUUGUUGGGUUGGUUGCAAAGGCGUCCAAGGUUUAUAGAAUUGCUGAGUUUGAAAAGAUAUUUGCUAAUGUGUGUAAUAUCAGUCCAGCAAUUGGAAAAUACCUAAGGGAUGCUGAGGUCCAAAAGUGGGCAAGAUGUCAAUUCUCUGGAUAUAGAUAUGACAUAAGGACAACAAACCCUGCCGAAUCCAUCAACUCUGCUUUGCGUUCGCCGAGAGAGUAUCCAAUCAUUCCCUUGUUGGACAGUAUCAGGGAAAUGCUGACUCGGUGGUUUUAUAACCGUAAGAAAAAGAUUUAA